AGAGUUUCCUUUCUGUCAGUAUAUUUACACAGUGGCCGCGGUGAUGUAAUGACGUAGUAGUAAUCAUGCGCUCGCGCACGGUGCUCGCGUUCUGCGCGCUCGUCGCCGUCGCGCGAUCUGCCUUACGAAGCGACCAGCAAUAUUGGAAUGACCUCGCCCACGAUGAGCUGGAGGAAGCUCUCAAGAUGCAGUGGAACCUCAAUCCGGCGAAGAAUGUGAUCCUGUUUAUAGGAGAUGGCAUGGGACCCAACACCGUCACCUCCUUGAGGAUACACAAAGGCGGGGAGAGUCACCGGCUGGUGUUUGAGAAGUUCCCCCAUAUGGGACUUUUGAAGACAUACUCAGCGAACAAAAUGGUGCCCGACUCAGCUUGCACAGCCACCGCCAUGUUCAGUGGUGUAAAGACCAAUCAGGACACAGUUGGUGUGGAUGCAACGGUGCAGCACCAGGACUGCAUGACAAGCCUUAGGCCCCACGCCAGAUUGGAGUCGCUUGCUGCUCUGGCUUUGAAAGCUGGGAAAAGUACAGGUUUCGUCACAACAAUGCGAGUGACUCACGCGACCCCCAGUCCUUUGUAUGCGCACAGUGCGAGUCGUAGGUGGGAAUGUGAGGCCCUCAUGCCAGCAGGGACUUCCUGCAAGGACAUCGCCAGGCAACUGAUAGAAGACUGGCCUGGAAGGGACUUUCAAGUUAUAAUGGGAGGUGGCCGUCAGCAGCUGAUCUCCAACGCCACAGGCACCGAUAUAGACCCCAUCAGCAUAUCUCCAUGGACAUGCUACAGACAGGACGGGCGGAACCUCAUCAAGACCUACAUGAUCGACAAGAAGACUAGGAACCUGAAGCAUGAAGUUGUCAUGAAUAAUAAGGAGCUGAACGAGGUGGACUUUGAUGAAACUGAUUAUUUGCUUGGAAUAUUCUCGAACGAGCACCUGAGCUACGAGCAUUUGAGAAACAAGUCGCCUGAAGGAAUGCCCUCAAUAUCCGAGAUGGUCACAGCCGCUAUCAAGGUGCUGCAGAAGAAUAAGAAUGGAUACUUCCUUAUGGUGGAAGGAGGUAACAUAGACAUGGCCCACCACCGUGGCUGGGCCAAGAUCGCCGUGAACGAAGCCGCAGCCAUGGAGGAAGCUGUGAAGGUGGCUGCCGAUAUGACGGAUGAGCGAGAUACCCUGCUCGUCGUUACUAGUGACCAUACGCACUCGCUCUCUAUUAAUGGAUACCCGGAUAGGGGGUCUAGUAUUUUCGGUAUCGCUCAACCAUCCAGUUACGACGGCGUAAACUACACAACUCUAUCCUACGGUACCGGAGGCCCAGGGUCCUUCCAAUACUACGUGAAGACUGAAGCUGAUGGCACCAAGAAGGUUGCAAGAAAAGACCCCAGUGAGGACGACACGGAGAGAUAUAACUACACGCAAAUAGCGGGAAUACAGCUGAUUGAGAACUACCAUGGAGGUGGCGAUGUGGCCAUUUAUGCUAGAGGCCCGUACUCUCACCUGUUCCACAACGUACAUGAACAACAUUAUGUGUUCCACGCGAUAUCGUACGCGGCGAAGAUCGGCGAGUAUUCCAGUGGAACAGCUACGGUAUUUGCGAACAUAUGGCAACUUAGCAUCAUCACUAUCAUAACUAUACUAUUGCUGUGACUUUUUAAAGUGAUGUAGUCAAAUCUUAGGUACAAUCGACGACGAAAUCUUUGAGGGUUUUUGGUCUCAAAGUAUUUGUUUGAAGUAUUAAGUUUGUAUUAUUAUGAUCAAUGUUUACUUUUAAGUUUAAAUGUUUUCAGAAAGAUAUCAAUUUUGUACUUGUUUUUACUUUUAUAAUUGCAUUUUGUAUAAAAUGAAAAUACUGUGUUGAUACCAAAAUAAUGCAUUUAAAGAAAAAUUUGCAUGUUUGAAUACCAAAGAUCGAGCAUCAAAAUAAAAAGGUAUUUCACUAUUUACUACUUUAUUGCAUCAUGUCAUAAUAAAAUCAGAAAAUUGUAACAGUUAUAUAAAAAGAUUUGUACAAAACAUGGUUAUCACAAAAUAAACGCGACAGUAUAGUUGAACAAUUCAAAAUGCAAAACAGUUUCAAAUAAAUAAAUUAUACUUUCACGCUGA